AUGUCUUUCCCAGUUUUAGCAUCUGAUGCUCAAAUGCCGAGAGUUGAUGUUAAAGUUAGACAAUCAUCUAACUUUACUCGCGGUAUCUUAAGUGAUCAAUUUAUGUCAUAUGCUUCUGUGGAAAAAGAUACCAAAAUUGAGAGUCGCGUCCAAGAAUUGAAGAAAGAAGUGAAUAAGAUGUUAAUGGCUCCCGAGGAAAGUAUCCAUGGAAAGAUGAGUUUGAUUGAUGACAUUACGCGCUUAGGAGUGCCACACCAUUUUCAAGGAGAGAUUAAUGAAAUUCUACAGACAAUUCACAAAAACCCAUGUCAUGGUACUGACCUUCAAUAUGAUGAAGAUCUUCACUUCACCAGCCUCCGAUUCCGUUUGCUUAGACAACAAGGUUACAACAUAUCCUGCGAUGUGUUCAACAAGUUCAAAAACGGUGAUGGAAAAUUCAAGGAAUCACUUGCCAAGGAUGUAGUAGGACUACUAAGCUUGUAUGAGGCCGCACAGCUUAUGAUGCACGGAGAGGACAUAUUGGAAGAGGCACUAGCAUUCGCCACCACUCAUCUCGAGUCUGCAUUGAACCAUUUGAGCUCCGUACUUUUAAAACAAGUAUCUCAUGCCUUGUGUCAACCCUUUUGGAAAGGCUUACCAAGGGUAGAAGCAGUACAUUAUAUAUCUAUCUAUGGGGAUAUCGAUUCACACAAUUCAACUCUGUUAACUCUUGCAAAGUUGGAUUUCAACCUACUCCAGAAGGUCCAUCAGAACGAACUAAAUAAGAUUGCAAGAUGGUGGAAGGACUUGGAUUUAUUGAACAAGCUACCUUUUGCAAGAGAUAGGAUGGUUGAAUCUUACUUUUGGGCAUCAGCAGUCUACUUUGAACCUGAGUAUCACCUCGCUCGGAAUAUUGUUUGUAAAUUUGUUGCCAUAAUAACAAUGGUUGAUGACAUUUACGACGUUUAUGGAACUUAUGAAGAACUAGAGCUCUUUACUGAAGCUAUCGAGAGGUGGGACAUUUCUGCUGUUGAUCAGCUACCAGGUUAUAUGAGAGUUUGUUAUGAGGCGCUGCUAAAUACGUAUAGUGAAAUUGAAGAAAAUAUGUGUACUGAAAUUGAAGAACAGCUUCCCAAUAAGGGAAACUUGUCUCGCGUUCACUACGCUCGAGAAGCAUUUAAAAUCCAAAUCAGAGCUUACAUCCAAGAAGCGAAAUGGUUCAAGAAGAAAUACACACCAAGAAUGGAGGAGUAUAUGAAAGUAGAAUGUGAUACAUCCUUCCUUCCUUUCGCAGUCACAUCAUUUUAUGCACUAGGAGAGAUAGCUAGUGUUACAAAUGACACGAUGGAUUGGGUGUUAAGUGACCCUAAGAUUGUGAAGGCUGCAUCAGUGAUUGGCAGACUCUUAAAUGAUAUAGUUGGCCACAAGUUUGAGCACGAGAGAGAACAUAUUGCUUCAUCAGUGGAAUGCUACAUGAACCAAUAUGGUGUCACAGAGGAAAAGGCGAAAAUUGAGCUAAUGAAGCAAGUCAGUGAUGCAUGGAAAGAUAUAAACGGAGAGUGGCUCCAGCCCAGCGCAAGUAUCCCGAAGCCCCUACUAUGGUUCAUUGUGAAUCUUGCUCGUUCGGCCGAAGUUCUCUAUAAGAAUGUGGAUGUGUUUACUCAUUCUAAAACCGUACUCCAGGGUUAUCUGGUCUCUCUCUAUAUCGAACCUCUGGCUGUGUAA